AAGUUGUCGGGUAGUUACCGAAAACACUGGGACGGUGAGCUCAGCUGGAUCUCCUCAUAUCUUCGGUAACACAACUUUUUUUUUUAGUAUUACUGUAGUUCAUCUGGAGCCGUAAUGGAAGGACGACACGACAAUUCACCAACGCAAGCUUUCGACAAGGACGUGCUGGAACUGACGGUUGAAGAUGUUUAUGACAUUUCAUACGUGAUUGGCAGAGAUUUGCUAAAAGUAAACACGGGUGGAAACCGGGAGAUCUCGGAUUUACAGUUCAAGAUCGUCCGCGUGCUGGAGAUGUUCGAGACCAUGGUGAACAAAUACAACCUGUCGCUGGAGGAGCUGAGGAUGGAGAUGGACAACAUGAGGACGGAGACGGACAGGGUUGUGGCUGAAGGUUCUAGUGGGAACAUUAAUACUGUGGGGCCAAAUAAGCUAGUUGUGGAUUUAAAAGACCCAAACCGGCCGCGAUUCACCAUGCAGGAGCUGAAGGAGGUUCUGCAGGAGAGAAACAAACUCAAAGCCCAGCUGUUAGUGGCGCAGGAGGAGCUGCAGCUCUACAAGAGUGGAGUCCUGAGUUCACAGCAGAACAUGGUGGAGGUAAACCUGGAGACGGUUCCUCAGUCUGAACCCUUACGCUCCAGCAUCACAGAGGAGAGCAAAGAGAAGAGCACCAUCCAGAAACUGUUCUCGUUUCGACCGAAAUGAUACGUCUGCAAAAAAAGGAUUCAAUAUAAACCAAACCAAUCAGAGGCAAGUGAAGGAACUGAGUGAGGAGAGACGGGAAGAUGUCAUCUGUUCUUUGUUUUAACAGUACUGACCCAUUUCUGACUGGAAAUACCCAACUGCUGGAUUUAAAUGGGUAGAUUUUAACCGUGUGGCUGUCUUUACUUUCAUCUAGUAUUAAGCCUUAUAUAAAUGACCAUCUUAGAGGCUUUUAGAGCCUUACUAUGCUUUUGUAUUAUCAUCACAACACUUUAAAUAUUCUAAUACAGUAUUUAUUUACCGUGCUAAUAUUGUAUGACAAUACUAGAAUCAGUUUUAACUCAAUCAUGUUAUAUGAAAACACAUAUUUUGGGACUAAUUGAGACAGUACUAAACUAAGUGAACUGGAUUUCAUGCAUCGAGUCUCUGUGCACCACAUGACUUUUGGGAUCUUUCCAUCUUUAUUAUGCAACUGUUGACAAGCUUUUGCUUUCAAUCUCUAGUCCCAGUUAUAAUAAACAUGGGAUCAUUAGGGAAGCACCAACCUGAUUCCACCAAGCAGGACAUGUUCUUGGAUUAACAUGUAUAAUGAUUCUGGAGCAACACUUCUAUCAGCCAAUCGGAAUUAAGAUAUACAUUUACUGUUUAUGGUUCGGUUUAUGCACUUCACCAUGGUUGUUAUCCAUUAUUCUCCUCUGAUUCUGAUAAUUUGCCAUUAUGGUUGGGGUUUAGGGGUAGGGAACAGGUAUGGAUUACAUUUUCCAACAAAAAUUAUGUAGACCAUAUAUGUUGAUCCAGAAUCGCAUCACAUUUGGCAAAAUCAUGCUGAGUAUUAGGGAUGCUAGAGUGAAAAUAAAGAGGUAUUUCUACUAAAAUCCAAUGCUGUAGGCAGCAAUGUGUAGCACACUAAAUCUAUUAUAUGACAUGUGGUGUUUUGUAAAUCAUAUGAAUGUAAAAAUUCAGAUUUUCCUGCUGUCGAUUGAUUACCACUGGCUGAAUGUAUGACAACUUGUCCACGUUUCUGCAAUGCAGGACAUUUAGAAAGUGAUUUACGUGGGUUGACUAAAGUUGACCACAUUUGUUAAAUAUAUUUAAAUGACUAAAUCAAAAGUAUAUCUGGCACAGUCUUUCAUUUCCUAAAUGGUAGUUAAAAAUGGAAUUCAAUAAUCUCCAAAUUUCAACAUGCUUUUCUCAAUUUUGCCAUUUUUAUACACACAAAUGUUUUUAAUAUGCUUUUAUUUUUUUCUUCUUGGAUCAAACUGGUUUGAUUGUUCUUUGUCAGAUGUAUUACAUUUAACCGAA